AUGGCAAAACAUGUCAUGAAAACUCAUGACCUUAAGUUUGCAAGUAGACCAUCUUUCCUAGGACUAAGAAAAUUGUCAUACAAUGGUUUAGAUUUGGGUUUUGCACCUUAUAGUCCUUAUUGGAGAGAGAUGAAAAAACUUUGUGUUCUUCAUCUCUUUAGUUCUCAACGUGUUAAAUCUUUUAGGUCCAUUAGAGAAAAUGAAGUGGCCCUAUUGAUUCAAAAGUUGUCACAAUAUGAUGGUGAUGAAAAAGGUGUUAACUUGAGUGAAGCAAUGAUGUCUUUCACAAAUACACUUAUAUGUAAGAUAGCUUUUGGGAAAAAGUAUGAUUUUGAUUAUGGAGAAGUUGAAUUGGGAAGUGGAGUAAGGAAAAGUAGAUUACAUCUUUUGCUUAAUGAAGCUCAAGCUUUGUUGAGUGAAUUUUACUUUUCUGAUCAUUUUCCAUUGUUGGGUUGGGUUGACAGAGUUAGAGGAACUCUUUGGAGGCUUGAAAAAACCUUCAUGGAGUUGGAUUUGAUAUACCAAAAAGUCAUUGAUGACCAUAUGGAAAAUUCAGCAUGGCCUAAAACUAAGGAACAUGAAGUAGUUGAUACAUUGAUAUCUUCUUGCAAAUGA